AUGGAGGCUGAAGCACCUAUUAGUCAUACAAUCUUGCUCAUUGGUGAAACUGGAUCUGGCAAAACAUCUUUCCUGAAUCUCCUCUGCAACUAUGGGAUCAUUCAAGAGUUAGGGAUAAAUACAGGAAUCCAGCACUUUCACUCAUUUAAUGAGAUAAAACUAGAAAAUGUUAAUUGUGAUAAAAUGCAGAGCAAGACCAGUGAUGCAUUGAAGUAUACUGUAUCACUGGGGGACACCAACCUUGAAAUAAUCGACACACCAGGCUUUGGUGACUCAAGGGGAAUAAAGGAAGAUAAGAAUCACGUUAAACGAAUCAUUGAUGCUCUUAAAAAAGAAGAUUAUGUCAAUUGUGUUUGCCUUAUCAUCAAUGGAAGAUCCUCCCGUAUGAGUGCUACACUUAGUUAUGUUCUAAGUGAGAUAACGUCUAUUCUUCCCAAGACAAUACUGAAUAAUAUCAUUGUGGUAUUCACCAAUACCACUGGUUUACUACAAUUAAGCUUUGACUUGGGAGCACUGAAGCAUUACUUUGGUCGAAACUUGGAGCACAGCUACUGCAUUGAAAAUCCGUACUGCCUCUUUGAGAAAGCUAACGAAAAGAAAGGUUUAAUGUCCAAAGAGCUACUAGCUGAGAGCUUAAAAGACGAAUUUGAGAGAACAGCAAAGACAUUGAAUAAACUCUUUGCUACAAUGAAAUCCUUUGAGCUGGUCCAGACAAAUGAUUUCCUAGAGCUCUAUAAAAAAAAGGAAAAAAUUGAAGAAACUAUAACACUAGCUCUUGCAAAGUAUGACACUCAAUCAGAACUUAAAGCUGAAAUAGAGGAAACUUCAAAAAAAAUUGGUGAUGCCAUUAGCGAGAGCGAAUAUAAUGAAAAAUUUAAGGAGCUUCAAUCUACUAUGAAAAAAGAACCGCAAGGCACAAAUUAUCACAAUACAAUAUGCAGUGCACCUCGUUGCUUUUCAAACUGCCAUGAACAUUGCAGUAUACCUCCAAUAUUUGAAGAAUAUAAAUUCAAAUAUUGUGCAUGCAUAGAUGGAGAUUACUGCACAGUGUGUGGUCAUCAUUAUGCCAUGCACAAACAUUUGUACUUCAAGUAUGUAGAUGUGAAACAUACAUGGUGGGAAACUAAUCCACUAAAGGAGAAGAGGUUCAGAGAAGCAAAAAAUGCUGAAGAAAGGGCAAGGUUACUGAAGAAGGAGCUUGAAGAAGAGCGUGAUGCUAUUAUUAAAGAGAAAGAGAAGCUUUUUGACAUACUUAUUCAGGCAAUCGAGGAGUUUCAAGCUUUGGGCAUUAAUCGUAGCUUCAUGAAAGUUUUACAGAGUCAAGUCUCUAUCAUUGAGCAUCAUUUGGAAGGGAAUGUGGAUACAGACCCUAACAGCAGUGGAGCUGAGAAGUUAGAAGAAAGUAAAAGAGAAUUGACAAAGAAGAUUAAAAUUGUUAAGGAAGCUAAUAAGUAA